AACCGGCUUCCCCCUUCCUCCAACCACAAUAACGGCCUCUCGAAAUAGCGCGGCUUCUGCGAAAACGAUCUGAUAAACAAAGGUCGGCUCUUCUCUGCUAUUGUUUCCUCUCAAUUUGCAGAGAAUCCACAGCCUCAAAUUUUGGCGGCGUCUUAAUGGGGUGCCGGCAGAAGCAACGGCUCAACUGUAGAGCUGCUACGACUCGAUUCCCAGUCACUGUCACCGCCUUUGAAUUUCUUUCCCCAGAUUUUUAUCGAACACUUUGUCGGCGUAAUGUUCUGUGGCGCUCUUUUAUAUACUCUGAUCCAUUUCCGAGCUCCAUUUACCUUCCCAGUGUCAUAUUUUUCUUAGUCUCCUUCUAUCGGAGGCUUUUCUGUUCAAAACCCAAUGUCAUCUUCUUCUGCACACUACCUGUUCGACGUUAUGCUUGAACCAGAUAUAGGAGCUUCGGACCCAUUUGUGCUGCUGUGUAUGGGAAGUGAUGUGCCUCAACCUCUAGAAUGUCUUCAUGGCCAGCUAGUUCCGCCAUUUCUGUGGAAGACUUUCGAUCUUGUUGAGGAUCCUGCGAUUGAUCCGAUUGUAUCUUGGGGUUCAGCAGGGCAGAGCUUUGUGGUUUGGGAUCCCGUGGAGUUUUCUAGAGUCAUUCUUCCUUCUAAUUUCAAGCAUAACAACUUCUCCAGUUUUGUCAGACAGCUAAAUACUUAUGGGUUCCGCAAGAUUGAUACAGACAGGUGGGAAUUUGCAAAUGGAGCUUUCCAACGAGGGAAGAAAUACUUAUUAAAGAACAUUCAGAGGCGCAAAUCACCUCAUUCAGAGCAGAUUGGAAGUUUGAUAGGGCCAUCUACUGGGGGAGGGAAGUCUGGAUUAGAAGAUGAAAUUGGGAAGUUAAAGAAAGAGAGGAGCAUGUUACUGCAGGAGGUUGUUGAAUUGCAGCAGCAGCAUAAGGGAACUGCUCAGCAUGUCAUCACGGUAAACCGACGCCUCCGGUCAGCAGAGCAGAGACAGAAGCAGAUGAUUACUUUCUUGUCGAAGUUACUUCGGAAUCCAGAACUCUUGUUUCUCCUGAAGAGAAAGAAGGAACCGAAAGAUAUCGAUUCCGAGAGAAUCAAGCGGAAAUUUGUUAAGCAGCAUAAACAUGAAGCUGAUGGUUGUACACUGUCCAUGGAAGGGAAGAUCGAAACAGCAAUGGAUUUGAAUCCAAGCCUGUUUGAAGGACCUUCUGCCUACCUUAUGCAGGGAAUGGAAUCAUUUCCAGAUAGCAUACCCAAUUUUCAACUUAUGAAUGCUUCAUCAAGUGAUUUAAUUGCGUCUGAGGAAUUAGCAUUCCAUGAUGGAAUUGUAAAACCAAGAGAGGAGCUGAGGAUAGAGGCUUCAAAGGCUAUUGGGAGUCCUGACUAUUUUGGCUCUUUGGCAGAGGAUAUUCUACAGUCCUCACAUCAUGGAACUGGAUGUAUCAUUAAACCAGAAGAAAUUUGGAAUGCAUACUUGAAUGUCGAUGCUAGUACGCCCGGUUCGAGCAACGAGUUGUGGAGCAAUCCAGUCGGCUUCGAGGAUCAAUUUUGGCAAGUUUCUUGCAGGCAGUCUCCAAUCUGGGAUUUAGGCUCCCAGCAGGCUGGAGAUUUGGGCAUGGACAAGUGGUCAGCUUCUGGUUUCCCAUUCAACGACCAAGAUACUCAGGCUUAUCCCAAAAAUGCAGAUCAGACUUAAUUACAUAGUUUGCUUUUGCAGCCACUAUGAAUCCUAGUUAUUUCUAGUUGAAGGAACUGAUUAAUUCAUUUACUUAGAUAAUGAAUUGAUUAUGAACUUACUUACAUACAUUCCACCUUCUUACUCAGAAUUUUCCUU